UGGGUGACAGGUAACUUUUAGGUGCGCGUUCUUGUAAGUCACCAGCUUAGAUUCCGUUUUGUGAGGAGGGCAUUCCUUCUUUAGUUUGUUAAAAUCUAAGAUCUUUAAAAAAAUAAUAAUAAUUCACCAAAACUUAGGUUAGAUCGCUGUUAAAGUUGACAGGAUGUCUGCUCUGUCACUGACCCGUUGGACUAAACUCCAGCUGAGAGCACAGAGCAGAAGGACUGUGCUUCAGAGGAUCGUCAGUGUUUGUCCGAGCCAGGACUCCAGGCGCCACAGCUCUGGACAGCCGCAGAGAAGGAGGGUCGUUAUCACUGGCGUCGGGUUGGUGUGUCCUCUGGGCACAGGCACUGCUCUGCCCUGGGACCGCCUGAUCAAAGGCCACAGUGGGAUUGUUGCUCUGGACUCAGAGGAGUACAAGACUAUCCCCUGUAAAGUGGCCGCUCUGGUACCCAGAGGGACUGAAGAGGGUCAGUUUCAGGGGGAGAAUUUUGCCUCUCGUGGGGAGAUCAACAGUAUGUCACCUGCCACUGUAAUGGCCCUUGGAGCUGCUCAACUGGCUCUAGAGGACUCAGGGUGGAGCCCCAAAAGCCCAGAGGAACACCUCAGCACAGGUGUGGCUGUUGGAAUGGGCAUGGUGUCACUGGAUGAGAUUGCUCGCACCUCCUCUGCCUUUCAAAAACAGGGCUACAACAAAGUGAGCCCCUUUUUUGUGCCUCGCAUCCUUGUCAACAUGGCUGCUGGGCACAUAAGCAUCAAACACAAGCUGAAGGGUCCCAACCAUGCUGUGUCCACAGCGUGCACCACAGGCGCACAUGCCGUAGGAGAUGCAGCAAGGUUCAUUGCCCAUGGGGAUGCAGUUGCUAUGGUUACAGGAGGAACAGAAUCCUGUGUAGGCCCCCUUUCAGUUGCCGGCUUUGCUAGGGCUCGCGCACUUGCCACGAAAUGGAACAACAGCCCGACGCUGGCCUCAAGACCCUUUCACCCAGAGAGAGAGGGCUUUGUGAUGGGAGAAGGAGCAGCAGUGCUCCUACUGGAGGAGCUGGAGCACGCAGUGAAGAGAGGAGCCAGGAUCUAUGCAGAGGUCCUGGGCUAUGGACUUUCAGGGGAUGCUAGCCACAUCACUGCACCCUCUGCUGAUGGAGACGGGGCAUUCAGGUGUAUGUCUGCAGCUCUCAGAGAUAGUGGUGUCUCACCUUCAGAUGUCACAUACAUCAAUGCUCACGCCACAUCCACACCUUUGGGUGAUGCUGCAGAAAAUGCAGCCAUCAAGAGGCUCUUCCAGCAAAGCAUUGAAAACCUGGCUGUGUCCUCUACUAAGGGAGCCACAGGACAUCUGCUUGGGGCUGCUGGGGCUCUGGAGGCAGCAUUCACUGCUCUGGCUUGCUACAACGGAGUCCUGCCCCCGACCCUCAACCUGGACCGCACAGAGCCAGAGUUCAACCUGAAUUAUGUUCCCUGCACAAUGCAGCCAUGGCGGACUCGGGGCCGACGGGUCGCCCUCACAAACUCAUUUGGAUUCGGUGGCACCAACGCCUCACUGUGUCUCAGCAGCAUGUGAUGACACACUGAGACUGAAUGUGGACUUAUCCGUCAGGUCUGAUCCAGGCUGUGUUAUAUAAUGUUUAUGUAACAGAGGGACUAGAUAUUUAUUUAGAGAGUUGAUCUGAACUGCUGCUAGUUGGUCCAAUGAACUGGUUUUAUUGUAAUUACUUCCACAUGUUUGAACUUGUUUGUUCUGGAUUUUAAGUGAUGGACUUAAAUAAAGACAGUAACACUCAA